UGGCCUGGGCGUCCGCUGCAGGCUGGUUCCCAGGCCACAUGGCCAAGGCCACUCGUCAGGUCGCCGAGCGGCUCGCCAAAGUGGACUUUGUGAUCGAGGUUCGUGACGCACGUGUGCCGCUGUCGUCGGCAGCAGCGCAUCUAGAGCAGCUGCUGCGUGACACCGGCCGCGCCGAUCGCAAGCUGAUCGCUGUCAACAAGGCGGACCUCGUCACGCCCGAGCACGGGAAGGCCAUCGCGAGCCGACUUGGCAGCCGGGCGCGGCUCAUCUCAACCCGGAGCGGCGUGGGCGUGCUCGACCUCCUCGAGGAUGCGCUGCGGGCAAUCACCGGCCGUUCCCCGAGGCUCGCGCCGCUCCCGCGCGCCGCCGCUUCAGCCUCGGACAGCGGCGCGAGCAGCCACGGGUCUGGCCGUGCGGCCAGGCUCAGUGGCGGGAGUCCACCGCGCUUUAGCGGCGGCGGCGGCGCCCUCCCGCUGAUCUUGAUGGUUGUUGGCGCGCCAAACACGGGCAAGUCUUCCCUCAUCAACGCGCUGCGCCGUGCGCACGCCGAGAAGGGCGGGGCGCGCGACCGCCGAAGACGAUCGAGACGCCCGGCAAGAACGGGCCCGACGCCCGGAGUGACGAGAUCGCUCUCGGGGUUUCAAGUGUCUUGGGACCCCGCCGUCUGGCUGCUCGACACUCCGGGCGUUCUGCAGCCGCGCCUCGAGGCUGACGGCACUGAGGCUCGGCGCGUCGGGCCUGCUCGCCGAUCGCGGGGACGACGAGGCGCUCGCGAGUUUCUUGCUCUACCAGCUCGCUGUCUCACGAUCCGACUCGCUGCACCAGUGGCCGAGGGCCGCUCGACUGGCAGACGCCGCGGCGCCGCUGCGGGCGACCGACCUGUCGCUGCUGUCCGACGAGGAGAGCCGUCGCGUUUGCGAGGCACUAGGGGCCGACUUGCUCGCCGCUGUCGCAGAGGAUUUGGGCAGCCGGCGGCGCGGCGCGCCAGACACGCACACCGCCUCCGGGCGAGUGCUCCGGCUCCAACGGGAGGGGGGACUCGGCCGCCUCCUGCUCGAGCCGCUGGAUGGAUCAUAGCCGCUGCUCGACCACAAACAAUCGCCACAGUGUCCGUCGCUUCUCCCUCUUGUACGUACUUUAGCUUACUGGGUUGCGCACCCUUAUAUUCC